AUGGCAGCCAGUGCUAAGACCAGUAAGUCCCAUGUCAUCUUCAAGAAGGUCUCCCGGGAUAAAUCGGUGACCAUCUACCUGGGAAAGAGAGACUAUAUAGACCAUGUCAGUCAAGUAGAGCCUGUAGAUGGUGUGAUAUUGGUAGAUCCGGAGCUUGUGAAGGGAAAGAAAGUGUUUGUCUCUCUGACCUGCGCCUUCCGCUAUGGCCAGGAUGACAUCGAUGUGAUAGGCCUGACCUUCCGCAGGGACCUGUACUUCUCUCGGGUCCAGGUGUACCCUCCAGUGGGGGCUGCAAGUGCCCCUACGCAGCUGCAGGAGAGCCUGCUCAAGAAGCUGGGGGGCAACACUUACCCCUUCCUGCUCACGUUUCCUGACUCUUUGCCCUGCUCAGUGAUGUUGCAGCCAGCUCCACAAGAUGCAGGGAAGAGCUGUGGGGUCGACUUUGAGGUCAAAGCAUUUGCCACAGAGAGCCCAGAUGGUGAAGAGGACAAAGUCUCAAAGAAGAGCUCUGUACGAUUGCUCAUCCGCAAAGUCCAGCACGCGCCAUCUGAGAUGGGGCCACAGCCCCAGGCCGAGGCCUCCUGGCAGUUCUUCAUGUCUGACAAGCCAUUGCACCUUGCAGUCUCCCUCAGCAAAGAGAUAUAUUUCCAUGGGGAACCCAUUCCUGUGACUGUGACAGUGACCAAUAACACGGAGAAGACAGUGAAGAAGAUUAAAGUCUUAGUGGAGCAAGUGGCCAAUGUGGUUCUCUACUCGAGUGAUUAUUACGUCAAGCCUGUGGCCAUGGAGGAAACACAAGAAAAAGUGUUACCUAAUAACACUUUUACCAAGACCCUGACAUUGGUGCCCUUGUUGGCUAACAAUCGAGAAAGAAGAGGCAUUGCUCUGGAUGGGAAGAUCAAGCAUGAGGACACAAACCUCGCCUCCAGCACCAUCCUUAAAGAGGGCAUGGACCGCACCAUCAUGGGCAUCCUGGUGUCUUACCAGAUCAAGGUGAAGCUCACCGUGUCAGGCUUUCUGGGAGAACUCACCUCCAGCGAAGUGGCCACUGAGGUACCAUUCCGUCUCAUGCACCCCCAGCCUGAGGACCCAGCAAAGGAAAGUUUUCAGGAUGCAAAUUUGGUUUUUGAAGAGUUUGCUCGCCAAAAUCUGAAAGAUGGGGGAGACACUGCGGAAGGGAAGAAGGAGGCUGUCAAUGAUGAGUGAAAAUAUCGGCUCAGACUCCCGCGAGCGGCUGUAGUUCCUGGUGCCAGGAGCAAAGCCCCACAGUCAGCCCUUCAGUUGUGCUAGAUAGGAAAGUCCGAGUUUCCUCCUGGAAAUAAAGUGUGUCAUGUGAUCCCUGGUUGCAA